AUGAAACCAAAUACCUCCCAAAAAGCCACUGCUACGCAAACACCUUCAAACACCAACCCCGAAUACCGCGAGAUAAAAGCCAAAUUCGCUAAACUACUAGCUGAGGAAGAAGCCAAACGUGCUGCUGGACCAGAGAAACCUACUCAGCGUGCAAAGAGACCGGCGGCAGGCCAGUCUGAGUUAGCGAAAAGGGCAAAGGAACAAGAUGCAAAGCGGAAUAAGGAGAAAGAGAAUGCCUUUAAGAUUCAGCAUAUAGGCAUAUUGCUGCUACUGGGGUGGUUCUUUCUGGUGCAUGUCAUAGGGAUAUACUUCUUUACGAAAGGAUUUCUUCUAACUCGGCUGGUGCUAGAAGAUAUAUCUCAAUGUGAUGUUUUGCCGCUACAAGAUGAUUCCGACGUCGUUGCGCCGGCAAACUUAGGUAUCGACGCUCCAAGGGACGGUGCUGGGAAAGGGUGUUGGCACGCAAAGACAUUCGAUAAGGCCGUGGUUAUAAUUAUCGACGCAUUACGGUACGAUUUCACUAUUCCUUUCCAGAAGACAAGCGAAGGCCAGACACCCCGUUUGUUCCAUGAUAAUAUUCCCGUCUUCUACGACACCGCGGUCAAGUCACCAAAUGAUGCGUUUCUGCUACCAUUCAUUGCGGAUCCACCUACCACCACCCUUCAGCGCCUUAAGGGACUUACCACUGGUACUCUACCCACAUUCAUCGAUGCGGGUUCUAACUUCGCGGGAACUACGAUUGACGAAGAUAAUAUUAUCGCGCAACUAAAGACUGCUGGGAAACGAGUUGUUCAUCUAGGAGAUGAUACUUGGCACUCCCUGUUUCCAGGAUAUUUCGAAGAAGAGCUUACUCAUGCAUAUGAUUCCUUCAAUGUAUGGGAUCUGUUUACUGUUGAUAAUGGAGUGACUGAACAUAUCUUUCCUUUGCUACAUGCAGACAACUCAACGAAAUGGGAUGUGUUGAUCGGCCAUUAUCUAGGCGUAGACCAUGCCGGCCAUCGAUACGGUCCAGAUCAUCCUGCCAUGGCUGACAAGCUGGCGGAGAUGGACGCCCUUAUCCGUAAAAUGAUGGAGGCGAUCGAUGACAAGACACUACUGGUUGUAAUGGGUGACCACGGUAUGGAUCCCAAGGGUGACCACGGCGGGGAAUCUGAUGAUGAAGUUGAGGCCGCACUAUGGAUGUACUCCAAAAAGGGUAUUUUUGGGCGAGUAGGCGACAAUACUCUACUGCCACCCGUGACAGCAAAGGAGCGCCCAAUCCCUCAAAUAGACUUGGUUCCUACCUUAUCGUUGCUUCUCGGGCUGCCAAUUCCUUUUAAUAACCUUGGGUCUCCAAUAGAGGAGGCUUUUGCUGGCAAAACUGGUCAAGACUUCCGCAACCUUGCAACAGUAAAUCGACUAGCCUCCGCGCAAAUCAAGCGAUAUCAGCAUGAAUAUUCUAAAGCUAGGGGAAGUGAGGCCGCUCAGACAUCAGGCCCGCUCGCGCAAUGGGCCGAGGCGGAACAAAGCUGGAAGGAUAUCAACACUAUGGGACAGAGCGAUAAAACCGGAUAUCAAGCUACCUAUAACACCUACCGAGAGUAUCAACGCCUUACUCUCUCUGUUUGUAAGGGAUUGUGGGCCAAGUUUGAUAUCCCCAGCAUGGCUCAAGGGGUUGCGAUACUUUUCGCUGGUGUGACAUUGUUAUUAUACUAUGCGCGCGCAGUCCGCGGGAAUCGAACAGACAUCACAUACUUUACGUUACGGAAGAUUGGGUAUGGCUCUCUAGUUGGUAUUGGCGGCGCUGCGACGAUAAAUGUCGGCCUCGCACUGGAGAUGCCCAUUCUUGAGAGUGCGGCACUUGGAUGUGUAACUGGCGGUAUCAUAGCGGCAGCCUCGAUGGUUUUCCAGAGUCAGAAGACAGUUGGAACUGUUCUCCCAAAAUCGAUAUGGGGUUGGGCAAUGUUUGUUUUCACAAUAGCACAGUCCGUUGGAUUUGCUUCGAAUUCAUAUACCAUAUGGGAAGAUCAGAUACUCCUAUUUUUCUUAACGACAUUUGGAGUAUUCGCUGCAUUUUCCUCAUUGGGGCAAAAGGCCACUCAAGAUAGGGUCCUUGGGUUUUAUCACUCCGUCGUCUUUGUACUGCUUGGGAGGGCCGCAUCAAUGUCUCGGCUUUGCAGAGAAGAGCAAAUGCCUUAUUGUGAAUCAACUUACUACGCAUCCAACAAUUCCUCCACCUCUGCUCCCUGGCAGCUCCUGAUACCUUUCUUCUUAUCUCUCCUCCUCCCUGCUGUGAUUCGCUCAUACUACCAGGGAACCAAGUCGUACGAAGGGUCAGCUAUCUUCUGGAUCGGUUUCGCAUUUCGUAUGGGUCUCCUCAUAGUCGCAAUCUACUGGGCACUCGAUGCCGCGGAUGACGGGAACUGGUUUGCUAUUCAAAAGGAGCAUAUGAAAUCAGCACGCACGAUACUGGCUCAGGUCGUACUCGCCAUCGCAUUUGCUGCUGGGUCUACGACAUUCGCAUGGGCUAAGCCAUGUGUCAGUAUUGGUGUCACUCCCAAUGGCUCUCAAUCAGGCGAAGCAAAAACGUCUGUAACAAUCCUUGGAUACGCAAACAUCUACGGAACCCGCUACUUUUUGCUCUUGGUCAACUUUACGCUUGCUAUAAUCUUGCUCCAAAAGCCAAUGGGUGGGGGCGCUGUCGGUCUUCAAAUCUGGCAAAUCCUCUCGCUCAUGGAGAUUCUCGACACAAAUAACCUUACUGUCACGAACUCUGCGACGGGCCCUGUCGUCCUCGCGUUACUAGGCUCAUUCCACUAUUUCACAACGGGUCACCAAGCUACUCUCAGUAGCAUUCAGUGGGAGACCGCAUUCAUUCCGCUAAAAACAGUCCAAUACCCGUGGUCCCCUAUUCUUGUUACCCUUAAUACUUUUGGACCCCAAAUCUUGUCUGCUCUUGCUGUCCCACUCACAGUGCUCUGGAAACGGCCGAUAGAAUCGCGCGCAAACUCCAAACUUCCAACCAAUACAACAACAGCUUUAUCCCCAACGCCUGCGCAGGGCGAUCCACAAAUGGCCUCCAAACAGUCUUCUCCUGUAAACAAACUUCUGAGUGACGUUGCACAGGCCACAGCAACUCACAUGCUGUACUAUGCAACCAUCAGCUUAGCCACCACAAUGUGGGCGGGCUGGCUCAGGAGACAUCUCAUGCUGUACCGCAUAUUCUGCCCUCGUUUCAUGAUGGGUGCCGGGGUCCUGGCCGUUGUUGACAUUGUAGUCAUAUGCCUUGCGGUCGGAGGUGUACGAUGGAGCACGAUUAGUGUGGGAGAAGUCUUCGGAUGGGCAUAG